UGUGUGUGUGUGUUUCUAUAUGGGGUGCGUGGGUGUGUGUGUGUUACACAUUUAGUUUAUAAAGCUGUGUGUUGAGCAUGAAGACUCUCGGCGCUGUGCUGCUGUUGCUGUGGUCUGGUCUAGUUGUGGUUGCAGGAGUUGGUAAAGAUCUCCAAGACAAAACUGCUGCCACAGCCUACACCCAACAAACCUACCAGCCUGACUUCCACACUGUGCUGAGAGAGAUGAGUGUACUGAUGGCAGAGCAGAGAGUGGAGCUCAGAUACACUAAGACACAAAUAGAGGCCGUGGAGAACAGACUGAGAGCCAGUGAGAAUAAUGCAGAUAUCACGGAGACCAGGCUGAGAGCCAGUGAGAAUAAAGCAGAGACCAUUGAGACCAGACUGACGGAGAGGCUGGCUGCAAGUGAGAAGAAAGCAGAGGGCAUGGAGACCAGACUGAGUGCCAGUGAGAGGACAGUGGAGGAGCAGAUAGCUGUUAUUAAGGAGCUGAAGGAGAAACAGGAGGAGCAAGCAGCAGCUGUGAGAGCUGUAGGAGGCAGUGUGAACCUCACGGGGAGCCAGGUGCAGGAGCUGAGAUGGGAGAUAGAAGAGAGGAAGGUGUCUUUCUCUGCCUCACUGGUAGCAUCUGGAGAUGUAACUAAAGGACCCUUUAAUGCAGCAACUCCCCUGGUCUACAAACACAUCUUCACCAACAUUGGGAAUGCUUACAACCCAAAUACAGGGGUCUUCACAGCUCCAGUCAGAGGGGUCUACCACUUUAAUGUCUUUGUGUUUGGGAAUGGCCAUGCAUCAAGAGCUUCCGGAGUCUCUCUCCAUAAAAAUGGCGAACAUAUUGUCCUUGCUUACACUGUCCAGAACACCGUUCACGUGGCAGCCUCCAAUGGGGCUUCUCUGCUGUUGGAGGUGGGGGAUGUGGUCUACCUGAAGCUGUGGCACGGUGCCUGGGUGAGAGACACUUAUGACCACCACACCACCUUCUCUGGCCACCUGCUCUUCCCCAUGUGAGGGAAGCAGUAUACUGAUGUAGAAGUUAUGUUGGGUGUGGAGUGACGCUAGCAGUGAGAAACCCAGACAGAAUGGAACACACUCUCCUUGUUUCCUACAUGGUCACUGGGUGGGUCUGGGAAAGACUUUUAGUUUGACAAAGUCAGGGUUCAUUCUCUUUGGUUGCUGAAUAUGUGUUUACUGUCUGCUCUUGUUUUGGUUGGUU